GAUAGGAUCAGCUUAAACCGUAAAUGAUGGAUGUGAGUCUGAUUCAGAGCUGAUGACGGCACCAGGGGAUGUCUGUCGGGGAUCUGGAAUGCAGAACCGUUGAGGGGGCUCAGACGGACCUGACGCUAUAUAACAAUGCCGUGGGAGACGCAUUUGCGAAAGAGAGAACAAUGUAUACCUGUCUGGCAUCACUUUGGACUAGUUACCAAGUAUAAUGGCUGUUCUCGUGACCGGGGGUGCAGGAUUUCUCGGACACCACCUCGUCAAGCUGCUGCUAGACGAGGGCAAGGAAGUCAUCGUAUUCGAUAACCUGUGGACGGGUUCGGCGAAAAAUGUCCGUUACUUCGAGAAGCAUCCCAGCUUCACAUUCAAACAUUGCGACAUUAGAGAACGACUGCCAGAUGUCGGGCACAUCGAGCAAAUCUACCACCUAGCCUGCCCAGCAAGCCCGGAUCGCUUCGAGGAGAGUCCUGUGGAGAUAUUGGAGACCUGCUUCCAGGGCACCAAGAACAUCUUCGAUCUAGGCGUCAAACGUGGCGCUCGCGUGCUCAUCGCAAGCACAUCAGAAACGUACGGAGAUCCGUUGACAAGCCCUCAGUCAGAGCAGUAUCGAGGCAACGUGAACUGCUUCGGGCCACGAUCAUGCUACGACGAAGGGAAACGCAUCGCGGAGUCUUUGGCUUACGCUUACCAUCACAAGCACGGACUCCAAGUUCGUAUUGCGCGAAUAUUCAACGCGUACGGACCGCAGAUGCAGCUCCACGACGGAAGGGCCGUGCCCAACUUCAUCGCUUCUGCUAUGGAGGGCCAGUCGAUCGUUGUGUAUGGUGACGGGAAUGCCACGAGGUGUUUUCAGUACGCCUCGGACUGUGUCGAGGGCUUGCAUCGACUCAUGAACAGCGACCACGACUCCCCGGUGAACAUUGGUAGUGACGUCGAGAUGCCAAUUGGUCUGAUUGCGGACAUGGUCGCCCGAGUGGUCGCGGAGAAAAUGGGACAAGCAAACUGCGUCGACGUGACGUUUCUGCCGCAGCGGGAAGAUGACCCGACGCAGCGACAACCUGAUAUUGGAUUGGCAAAGAGGGUGCUGGGCUGGGCCCCGAAAGUCGAGCUCGAGGAGGGCCUUGAUAGGACGGUCGACUGGUUUCUUGCAGAGAAAGGUAUGGCUAGUGGCUCGAGGAGAGCGGUGGGCGGCGCGAUCACACCAGUUCGGUUGUGAGGCGACAUGAUGUGGCCGCCAGAGGUAAGUUAGGUAUUAUGUGCGAUUUUGUGUCAGCGGAUGAUCGAAUAAAGGCAGUCGGAACAAUGUCUGAUCUGGUCCUUGUGUCACAGUGAUGUGGCUCAGGCCAGCCAGGAAUGCGCAUGGAAUGCGCAGAGGGCGUGGAAUUCCAUCCAACAACAAGCGUGACAACAGUAUCAGUGUGAAAACAGGAAAAGGCGGGAAACGGUAAAAUAUUAGAUUUGUAACGUAGAUUAAUACAAGAGUAGU